AUGGGCAGGCUCCGAAUCCUCGCCGUCGCGGCCCUCUCCCUCGCGUUCCUGGCGCAUAGCGAGCCAGUGCAAUACUGCCGGCGCGGCGGCCCCUCGGAGAUUGACUUCUGUCUCGGCGCGCUCAUAUACAGCAACACAUCAACAUCCUCCCACGACCUCUUUCUCACCUUCACCAUAACCCGGCACUCGGGCUCCGCCCUCGGCUGGACUGCCGUCGGUGCCGGCAACCGCAUGAAUGGCGCCCUCAUGCUCAUCAUCUACGGCGACCCACUCUCACCCACCAGCCCCCCCAUCGUCAGCAUCCGCGCCUCCACCGGCCACUCCCAACCCGCCCUGCUCAGCCGCUCCGAUCUGCCCCCGGGGAUGGACCUCCGCGUCGUCUCCUCCCUCUGGGCCGCCCCUUCCCCAGCAUCCAACACCCACACCGCCACCGUCCAUCUGGUCUGCUACUCCUGCGACCUCUGGCCAACCGCCGACCUCUCGCCCCUCUCGUCCUCCCAGCCCUGGAUCUGGGCCUGGAAUCCCUCGCAGCCGUUCGACGUCUACACCUUCGACGCCCACCUCGCCAUGCACAAACACCACGCCGGUGCGGGCGGAUGGGGCAACUUCUAUCUUGACAUGCGCCGCGCGGUGAGCACAGCCCGCUACCCCCCGUCGUUGCCGCCUAUUCGACCGGGGGUGGAUCGGCUCGGGGCAUCGGAUACGCCGCUCUCUCUGGCCGGGAUGGUGACGGGGAAAGGAUCCAUCGUGCACGCGCUUGGAGUAUGGUUGUUUUGGGCUGAGGUGAGGCGAAGGCGGAAGCAGGUGUCAUCAGCUGCGGACCCAGCAUGGGCGAAGCUCAACGAUACGGCCUUUGUUGUGGCGGACAGCGAUGACGAAUCGGAGAAGGAGGGCAAGGCCGAUUCAGUCGAGGAUUGA